AUGUUAGUGGUUGAAAACUCGCUAAAAGAAAACAAGACGUGUGUCGACAACAAAGGUUUCCUUUAUCUUACGAAUUUAAUUGUUUGGCAUUUUUUGUAUUUUGUUCUAUCCGUUUUCUUUCUUUUCUUUUCUUUUUUGUUCAUAUCUAUUAAAGAAGUUGCUUCUUUAUCUAGAUCAACCAUCAUAUCUGUCUUUCUUCCAACCUUUUUUUUUUCAUCUUUCAUUUGUUUUCCUUCUUUGACUGUUAUUUUUUUUUCAAAAUGCAUCUUUGCUUCCUUCUUUCAUAAUAUGUUUUCCAUUCAUUCUUCCUUUUUCUUUUACGCUUAUUUUAUUCUUUCUUUCUCUCGUAGUUUUUUUCUUUCUUUCUUUUCCUUUUCCAUUCAUUUUUUUUCUCUCGUCUCUUUCAUUCAGUUUUGCUCUACUUUUUUCUUUCUUUCUUUUUUUCUUGGUUCCUUCGUUGCUUUUUGUAUUUUUUUUAUUCGUUCAUAUUUUAUUUUCAUCCUUUUUUUUCUCUUUUUCUCUCUUUUUUUUUUUUUUGUUAAUUUAACUCUUCAUUUAUCUAUUUAUUCACACACUCUUUCAUCUCUCCAGUUUUUGUUGCUUCUUUUGUCACUAUUUUUCCUUCAUUCUUUUUCGUCUUUCAUUGCGUGUUUUCUUUUUCAAGUUAUCUUUUUCAUCAUUCAAUCAUUCUUUUUCCCUUUCUUUCCUUUUGUUUCUUUUUCUUCUUUCCGAUCUUUCUCUUUUUUCUUUCUUUCUUUCUUUCUUUCUUUUUUAAUAACCUUUUUCAUUCAUUCUUCCUUUUUCUUUUAUGCUUAUUUUAUUCUGUCUUUCUCUCAUAAUUUUUCUUUAUUUUCCUUUUUUAUUCGUUCCUUCUCUCAUAAUAUCUCUUUUUCUUUUUCUUUUUCUUUUUCUUUUUCUUUUUUACUUUGA